CGCUUUCUGGUUUUUAUACACGUUUACUGUAAAUUCUGCGCUUAGGUCAGUCACCAUUUGAUAAUUAUUCCAUUUCAAGUAUCCAAAAAUGUCUAGCCAACCCCCCUCUAUGCCAAAUUUGCCAAAUCCUGAGGCUAUCUUUGAAUCGUGGUGGCCUAUAAUUAUCGGAAUUGUUGGAGGGGUUGCCUAUGCCCUCAGGCAGUACAUGAGAGGUGCUCGAUGUAUUAGUGAAUUAAAACUUGAUGAUAAAGUUGCCAUAGUAACAGGAGGAGGGUCAGGAAUGGGGAGAUACCUAGCCAUUGACUUAGCCAAAAGAGGCUGUAAGGUUUAUACGACGGCAAGAACACAGGAGCAGGCACAGGCGACGGAGAAAGAGAUAAGAGAAAUGAGCAAAAGUGAACUGGUCCACUGUCUUGUAUGUGAACUAGACAAAUUCUCCUCAGUCAAAAGUUUUGUCUCGGCAUUCAAAAAAAAGGAGGAUCAUUUGAAUUAUCUGAUCCACAAUGCCGGGGUUAUGAUGUGCGAGUACAACAAAACGGAGGAGGGAUUUGAGGAACAGUUCCAGGUCAAUUAUCUCUCUCCCUUCCUGAUGACCAGCAUGCUUCUAGACUACCUGAAAAGUUCUACACCUAGCCGUGUUCUUCUGACAGUGGCCCCUGCAUAUAAACUGGGCUCACCCCCUUUUACCGACUGCCCCCCACAGGACAAAUAUAAUCCCGGGGAUGCAUAUGCCCAAAGCAAGCUGGCCCUCGUGUUGUUUGGUGUCACGCUAGCAGAGAAACUUAAAGAUGACAACAUUCAUGUACACUGUGUUCUACCAGGGGUGGUCAAUACAAAGAUUUAUCGCCAUCUUCCAUUCAGAAAGAGUGCAUUUGUUGGACUGUCAUUUGCUCCGUUUAUUUGGUUCUUGAUGAAGACUCCGGAAGAUGGAGCACAGACAACUCUUUACGCUCUCCUCUCGGAAUCAGCGGGGAAGACGUCCGGAAAAAUCUACAAGGAGUGUGCAGAGGUUGAGUUCACAGACAUUGUGAAAAAUGAGGAAUUACAGCAUGCACUAUGGAAACAUACAUUAGAGUGGACAAAAGUGAAAGAGUUUGGACAGUAAUUAGAUUUGGUAAACCACUUCACAGAAGAUUUCCCAGCUGAUGCAGAUAAAACUGUCAUGUAUAAAAGAUAACCAUUCAUAUAAUAUGGUUACAUAACAGUAGCAUAAUAUUUUGUAGAUUACAUGUAACAAUGAUAUGUAUUUUAUUGUAAUGUAAAAUUGAGUAAAAUAUGUAAUUCACUAAUGUAUUCAUGAAAUGUGCUUCUAAAGCUUAUUCUUAUAAAAUAGAUUUUUCAUA